CCAUACCGUGUUGGAACGUAAUGAAAGACAUUCAAGCGUCAAGAGCGGUGCUCCUGAUCUCAUUAGGCCGGUUGUCGAGUGUUGUGCGGCGCGUCCCCGCCGGCUCCUCUAGCCGUCGAGGACGAUGAAAAACAUAGGAGCAUCGCAUCCGUCCGACCCUCCGCGCCCGUCCCGCGCCCACGCGCCCUCGGCCCGGCCGCCGCCGCCGGGGCGCUCGGCCUGCCGUCGCCGCCUGCCGCGCCGCAGCGACCGCCGCCUCACUCUGCCGGCGACGCUCUCGCGGUCCGCACACGUGUCGCUCCGCAGCGCGCGUAACACCGCCCCGUACCGCGCGCCUUCCCCAUUACUUUAACCGACACACGAUUAUUAUGUUCCAGCGGACUAUGCUCCAGCAAAUGUCCUCGCCGCCGAGCGUUCACGUCGGCGAGGUCGCAUCCCUAGUACGACUCGAGGGCCGCACGUGCGGCGACGCGUCCUCUGAGGCCUCCUCGGACGCCGCCGAAGAUUUUGAACUACCACAGUGCAAGAUAAGAAGAAACUAUAAUUGCACCAAGUGCACAUUCUACACACAGAACCCGCGGGUUUAUUUAGUGCAUACGAGAGACGUUCACUUUGAAAAGAUUAAAAUAUAUGACUGCCCCCAUUGCGUUUACGCGUCGAGACAUCACCAAAAGCUUGUGAGACACAUAAAGAUGGUACAUGCGGCGCCAUCGCAAGUGGUCAAAGCGGAUUUGGAGCCUCCGCCGGUGCCCGUGGCCACGACCACAGCGGAGCCGGAGGAGCGAAUUGAAGAUUUACUCGAAGAAGUCGAGGACACCGAAGAAAUUCAAUUAGAUUUAGAAGACUGCAUCGAAGAGUCGAUGGACCACUCCGCAGAUAUGGAGGUCGAGGGCGACAGGGCUGUCGCCGAAGAGCCCUCGGAUUUACCAAAGGACAAGACGAAGUUUUUCUCCUGUACCAAAUGCAACUACGUCACCCACAUCCGUGCAAGAUUCACCAAACACGUCAAAUAUCAUUCAAUGCCAAUGAUAAAAUGUACAAUGUGUGAUUUCCGUACACCUUACAAGUGGAAUUUAGAUCGACACAUGAAGAAUCACGGAGGGACGGGGAGUUUCAAUUGUUCCAUGUGCAACUUCACCGCCGACAUCAAGCAGAGUCUGACGGUGCACGAGAUGAAUCACCACACGCCGCCCGUGGGACAAUCGGUCGCGAGUCGCCGACGCAACCGGGUGGGCGCCAGCGACAUCGCUCUCGCCGACGCGGCGCGCGCGCUCGUCGUCAAGGAGGAGGAAGGGAGCGGCGACUCGCGCUCCUCGCACGCAUCGGAAAUGGGUCUCCAAUAUGCAGAUAUAGAAAUGAUUACUUGUACCAGUGACAACGAAACGAGCACUGAAUCAGCUGCCAAAAAAGACUCUGAAUUGGCACAAGAUACGCAACAUCGACAAUCGCCAAACAGCACGAUGGGAGAAGGGAAAACAAACAAACAAAGCAGAAAAAUACCCAGACCGAUACCGCAACUAAUACCCCUGAACACGUCGACGCCCAAUCAAAAUAAGUCACCACCAGGAGAACCACCGCUCAAAAAGUUUAAAGAAGAUCUAAGUAGACAUACAGUUGAUAAUGUCGACAAUUUUCCAGCUGAUAUCACAAUUAUACCUGUCACCAAUGGUACACCCCUUAGUACAAAAGAACCCGCGGUGAAGAAGAAAAACGAAUCCUUUUUUGACAGACUAAAAGAAAGGUUGCUAACAGCAACCGGAGAGGAAGGAACGUUGACAUGCAAAAACUGCGGUUUUGAAAGCAAAUGCUUAUCAGAACAUUCUGUACACGAAAAGAACUGCACAGUAUCAGCAAACAGGGUUUUGGCAAAUAACACACACACGAGCCUUGGCUCUACGCGUUGCCAGAAUUGUCGGCAUAGAUGCAAAUCCAGUGCCGAUUUAUAUGUUCACAUGCAAACAUGCGGCAAAGUGGAGAAAGCAGAAAAUGAACAGUCAAAUGACAGUGAAAACAAACACGAAACCACGUCAACAGCCCAUGAAGCCGAUUUUGUUAAAGAUGAACCGCAUCCCAUGGAAAAUGUCGUCUUCGUUUGGAAUAAUAUUAAUCCCGAUACCGCCAAAUUUGAGACGCCGUUAGACAUCAAUAUUAAUGAUGAUUCAACUAUGCCCGAAACAAAUAAAAAUUAUGACUCAGAAAUAGUUGAUGAAAAUGAAGGGAUGAACUUGUCACCUAGCCAAGCUGCCGGAAAAAAGGUGUUUAAAUGUCCGCACUGCACUUUCUGGGCAUCGACCGCAUCACGGUUCCACGUUCACAUCGUCGGGCAUUUGAAUAAAAAACCUUUCGAAUGCUCCCUCUGCAAAUAUAAAUCGAAUUGGAGAUGGGACAUCACCAAGCACAUAAAACUGAAAUCAGCAAGAGACCCUGAACACAAUGAUGCAAAGGUUUUGAUGACUGAUGAAACUGGCCGGAGGAACUACAGUAAAUACAACAAGUUCUUAGCAGUGCCCGUCCUAAACGAAUAUGGAGAAACCGAAUUUGACUAUAUAGAUCCAAACGCACUGGCGAACGGUAGCAUGGAACUCGAUGAAUCAUUCAACGACACGAAUGAUAAUAUCAACACAACACUUGAAAUGCAACCUCUUAACUUGCAAACUCUACAUGGACAGCACAGUAUCGAGACAAUGGAUAUUAAAAACGAAGAUCAGAAACCUAAGAAAACGAUGUGGAAAUGCAAAAAAUGUAACUACAAGGACCCAUCGAAGGAAGCGCUACUAGCACACGUCCGCGAGCACUCGAAGCCCGAAGACGGACACGAGGAGAACAAGUCCUUCACCAAGAAACCUGACAACACGCCGGACCCGGCCGACCUGGCCUACCGCUGCGGGCACUGCAACCAGCUGUCCAACUGGAAGCACGUCAUACAGAGACACUGUCGUUUGAAGCAUGAUGGAGUCAUCAAAGUUAUUACCACGGUCAAACCGAAACCGGAUGCGUCGUCAUUGCUGAACGAAAUGAACGACACUUGCACCAAAUGUCCGUUCAAAGCUGCAGACAGAAAACAACUUCUACACCACAUGCAGCAGCACCAGCCUUCGACCCUGUCCAUAUUCAAAUGCUACUUCUGUCCGUACUUCGUGAAAACUGAACACGACUUAGUGCAACAUCUAGCUUUACAUGGUGUCACAGACCCAGAAGAAUACAUGUCCAAAGCAAUGGGAUGCAAGUCGCCGCUGCCAGAAAAUGCUGGCAAUUCGAGCGGGUCCGUCUCAACCAAACGACACAAGUGCACGGAGUGUCCCUACGAAACCAAUAGCAAGUCUCAGUUUAUGUAUCACGAGCAAUUCCACCGGCUCCCAGCAGACACUCCAUACAAAUGCCAGGAAUGCAACUACAGCGUUUCCAAGAGACACCUUCUCCAUCAGCACAUGAGAGUUCACGGAAUCAUGCCUAAGAAAACUGAAAUGGAAUUAGAAAUGGAAGCGUCCUCGUCCUCUUGCAAGAUGGAGAUUCCUAUCGAUUUAAACGAAAUUCCUUUCGUGUGGGUUUCGGCUAAAAACGAAUUCCACAAAAUGUACAAAUGCCGCUACUGUUCGUAUGUAAAUUCACAAAAGUGCAAAAUACCAAAUCAUGAGAAGAUUCAUUGUAUCGUCUUUGAAAACAGUGAAAUCACUAUUUACAAAUGCUUGGAAUGUAAGUUUACUUGCGAUAAUGCCGGAAGGUUGGCCGAACAUUCAAGGACGCAUGGAGAAAUUUACGGACGCAUCUACUGUCCAGUCGAAGCCGAUGUUCCCGAGGAGGAGCAGAUUACUAAAUUACGCAAGGUUAUAGAAGCUGAGAAACUAAAUAACCCGGAUAGCCCCAGAGACGAGAUGCUUUUAAAAGAUAAUGAAGAACUUAAAAUAUUGUUCUUCUGUCAUAAAUGCCCGGCUAGAUUUUUCAUUGACAGUGAUUUGAGGAUCCAUGACAAAUUCCACGAUCUGUUGUUUGCAAAUAAAUGCAAGCUUUGUGAGUUUUCAGUGCCCCAAGAAACUGAAUUAAACGUUCAUGCGGUCCACCAUUCCGAUGAGUAUGCGACGGAAACUAAAAUGCUCAAGUUUAAGCAUCGAUCUCACCCAGCGCACAAGGAGCCGAAAUUGGAAGUUGUACACUGCCCGCUCACUUCAAAAGUAAAUUGGAUAGUUUCGCACCCGACGACUAACUUUGAGAUUGUAGAUUCUUCGAAAAAAUGCAACGAGAAUAGAGUGCCUAAGCAAUAUUUCUGCAAGGAAUGUCCAGCCAAAUUCUUCAAAACUUCCGCGUUAAGUUAUCACAUGGGAUUGCACGGAGGGGAUGGCGACCACAAGUGCAAAAAAUGUAGCUACACUGUUAAAAACUUAGGAAAUUUGGCCAAGCAUGAAUCGUUACACGAGAAUGACGGAAAAGCCAACACGUGUGAUUACGAAUCCGGAGAAGACAAUGAUUACAAAAACAUUCCACUAUCGGGCACUGAUCUAUUUCAACGGAAAACUGAAGCGCAGAAAAGAGUUGUAAAAGACAACAACAAGUUGGUGAAACCAAACGACCAUUUCCCACCUGUGCUACAGGCAGAUCCUCAAUUCGGAUACCUAAUGCAUGGUAAUCCAGAGUUUAUCUAUCCUACGUACAUGAAAAAUGGCCGUCAAAAAGAGAAAAGAUACAAGUGCCACAAAUGCCCAUCCGCAUUUGAGAAAAGAGAACAAUACAAAAUACAUUUAUCGCUACACGGAUCGAAACAGAGAUACAAGUGCGAGGUUUGUGAUUAUUCUGUAAAAUACUACGCCAACUACGUCCAACACAUGAGGAAACAUCAAAUGAAUGACGAAGCCCACGCUGAAAGAAGAAAAAGUAAUGAAGAGACUAAUGAAGCUGAAAACGAGACACAGGAAGAUAAACCAGCAAAAGGAAAUAUUAAGCUAGCUAUUAAGACAAUGCCAAAGGGGCCAACAAGGCCAAAAAGUGAUUUUCAGCAGUUUUCUGUCAGUGACCAACAAACACUCCGCCUGCUACAACUAAGACGGUCUAUAAAUAAUGCUGAAAAAGAAAAGCAACCGGACCCCACUCCCGCAAAGGAACGUAAGCUACACAUGUGUUUGUUGUGUCCUUACACGAACCAGCGCCAAGACGCUUUAACAAAUCACUAUAAGAGACACGAAGAUAACCUAAAUGCCGCCAAUGGCAUUCAUAAAUGUCCACAUUGUGACCUAGUCGUCGUUCAAUCACACUUUCUGCGAGAACACCUAAAGACUCAUUUUAAUUAUCAAAAGCAUUUGACCCCUGAAUGCUAUGCAGCUAGUGAAGGUGUGACCUUUAUCAUAAAACAACUCGAUGAUGAUGAAGAUACAAAAGAUGAAGACAAGAGUGAACAUUUAAAUGAAGAUAUCACUGAUAUUGAAGUCAAAGAAAAGGAUGGUUUAAUCGAUGACAAGAAAUCACAAGAAAACAACAUAUGUGAUCUGAAAGAUAUCUUUAAAAAUGGACAGAAAAAAGGUCCAAAAUUAAAUUUAAAAAUUGCGGUGAAAGAAGAGACUUCUACUGAUCUAGUUAUUACUUUAGAUGAAAAAAUUACUUUCGACUCAAAUGAUAAUAAGAUAUUCGUCAAACUUAAAACAGGGGAGCUUAUUGUAGAGUAAUUUUAAUAUUCCUAUAUAAUGUUAGUAAAAUAAGUUGAUUGUUACGAUUAUGAUAUGACCAUACAUAUUCGAAUAACUGGCAGAAUAGCUUUUUAGUAUAGGUACGCCAAAAUAGGAAUUGUUGAUAUGUUCACCAAAGUAUAGCUUGCCAUAUUAGGUUAAAAAAUGUUUGCCCUUUGUUAAAAUUGUAUUGGUUUGGACUACCUACUAAUUA